AUGUCGAAUCCUUUGCAGCAAGCGAGUAGGAUAUUCCAGGCCUUCAAGAAGGGAGGACCAACGUUUGGCGCAUGGCAGAUGCUUCCUGGCACAAAUCACUCUCGUGCAAUUGCUCGUUCAGGCGUAGAUUGGAUCUGCGUCGACUGUGAGCACGGCAAUAUCGACGAUGGCCAAAUGCACGAAGCCAUCAACGCAAUCGCCUCUUCCAAAGUCUCCCCCCUGGUCCGCAUCCCCGCCAACGAGCCCCACUACGUAAAGCGCGCCCUCGACGCCGGCGCCCACGGCAUCGUCGUUCCCCUCAUCUACACCGUCUACGACGCCCAAGAACUCGUAUCAUCCGCAAAAUUCCCGCCCCAAGGCACCCGCGGCUUCGGCUCACCCUUCUCCACGCAAACCUUCAACAACGAGGACCUUCCCACCUACUUGCAGAACGCAAACGGAGCGCUCAUCACGAUCGUGCAGAUCGAGACGAAAGAGGCGUUGAAGCAGGUUAGCGAGAUUGCGGCGGUGGAUGGCGUGGACUGUUUGUUGAUCGGGCCGUUUGAUCUGGGGAAUAACAUCGGGCGGCCGAUUCUGGGGGAGAUGCAUCAGGAGCUGAAAGAUGCGAUUGAGAAUAUCAAAGAGGCGGCGCAUACGGCGGGGAAGAAGGUUGGGAUCUAUUGUACGAGUCCGGAAGAUGCCAAAGAUUGUGCGCAGAGAGGGUUUGAUUUUAUUAGCAUUGCGAAUGAUAGGGGGGCGAUUACGGAGUAUUUUAGUCAGACGUUGAAGGUGGCCAGUUCGUGA